AUGAGUGCCAUUAAACUUGUUGUUGCUUCUAAAGCAUCGCCCUUCAGCUACGGUGUGCUCGCCGUUGCUGCUCAAAUCAACGCUGUUAAGAAGGAUGCUGUUCAAGUUGAAUUCCGUGAUGCAAAGAACCUUGACGGUGCCUCCAAGCCUGCCGCUUCUGUUUCUUACAACGGUGAAACCUAUGAAACCACCAACGCCAUCGCUAGACUUUUAGCCAGACUCAACCCUGAGGCUGGUCUCUACAACCCUCAAGAUCCCAUCAGCUCUACCUUGAUUGAUCAAUGGUUGGAUUUUGCUGAAACCAAAUUGGCUACCUCUGACUUCAAGUCCCUUGAUGCCACUUACAAGGAACUCAACAAGUACUUGACCCUCCGUUCUUACAUUGUCGGUUAUCAAGUUACCAUUGCUGAUUUGGUCAUCUGGGGUACUUUGAGAUCCUCCCCUGUCUUUGCUCGUAUUGUCAAGACGAAGCCUGAGAACCUCGGCGCUUAUCUUGUUCGUUGGUACGAGUAUGUUGCCUCUCUUGAAGCUGCCGAGUAUGCUUUGACAGCUGUUCAGAAGCAAGACAAGGCUUCCAAAGGUCCCAAGGCUGCUGAUCAAGGUAAAUUCGAAAUUGGUUUAACUGAGGCCGAGAUGGGCAAGGUUUGCACUCGUUUCCCUCCUGAGCCCUCGGGUUAUCUUCACAUUGGACACGCCAAGGCUGCUCUUAUGAACCAAUACUUUGCCGAUACCUACAAGGGCAAGCUGAUCAUUCGUUUCGACGAUACCAACCCCAGCAAGGAGAAGACUGAAUUCGAGGAAUCCAUCAAGGAGGAUCUUGCUUUGAUCGGUGUUCCCUCUAACAUUGUCUCUCACACCUCUGAUUUCUUUGAUCAAAUGUACGAACUCGCUCUCAAGAUGAUCAAGGAAGGUAAGGCUUACUGUGAUGAUACCGACCAAGCUACCAUGCGUGAGCAACGUACCGCCCGUGUUCCCUCCAAGUGUCGCGACAACUCUAUUGAGGAGAACUUGCGUCGUUUCGCUGAGAUGGCCAAGGGUUCUGAGGAAGGUUUGAAGAACUGUUUGCGUGCCAAGAUUGACUAUGCCAGUCCUAACGGUACCAUGCGUGAUCCCGUCAUCUAUCGUUGUAACUUGACUCCUCAUCACUACACUGGUGACAAGUGGAAGGUCUACCCUACCUAUGAUUUCGCCUGCCCCAUUGUCGAUUCCAUUGAAGGUGUCUCUCAUGCUUUGAGAACCAACGAAUACCGUGACCGUAAUGUCCAAUACGACUGGAUGAUUGAAGCUCUUGGUCUUCGCAAGGUCACUAUUUGGGAUUUCAGUAGAAUGAACUUUGUAUAUACUCUUCUCUCCAAGAGAAAGCUUCAAUGGUUUGUUGAUCAAGGCCAUGUCAGUGGCUGGGACGAUCCUCGUUUCCCUACUGUCCGUGGUAUCCGUCGUCGUGGUUUGACCAUUGAAGCCUUGAAGCAAUACAUCUUGAUGCAAGGUGCCUCUCAAAACACUCUGCUCUUGGAAUGGGACAAACUCUGGGCUUUGAACAGAAAGAUCAUUGAUCCUAUUGCUCCCAGAUACGUCGCUGUGCUCAAGGAGGGUGUUGUUGUCUGCAAUGUCUCUGGUGCCACCGCUGAGGUCAAGGAACUUCCUCUUCACAAGAAGAACGCCGAGCUCGGUAACAAGAAGACUCACUACGGUCCUCAAAUCUACUUGGAUCAAGAGGAUGCCAAGACUCUCGAAGAAGGUGAGGAGGUUACCUUGAUGGACUGGGGAAAUGUCUUUGUCCGCAAGAUUGUCAAGGAUGCUCAAGGCGAGGUUACUAGCAUUGAUUUGGAGCUUCAUCUUGCUGGUGAUUUCAAGAAGACCAAGAAGAAGUUGACUUGGUUGACCAAGGAUGAAGAUGCCACUAAUAUCCUCUUGUUUGACUACGAUUACUUGAUCACCAAGAAGAAGGUCGAGGAGGGUGAUGAGGUCAAGGAUCUGGUUACUCCUGUCAGUGAGUUCAAGUUCCCUGCUAUUGCUGAUGGCAACACCAAGAACUUGAAGAAGGGUGAUAUCAUUCAAUUUGAGCGCAAGGGUUACUUUAUUCUCGAUGCUCCUGCUACCGAUUCUCAGCCUGCUCACUUUAUCCGUAUUCCUGACGGUAAGGCUGCCAACAUGGCCUCCAAGGCUGAUGCCGCACCCAAGAAGUAA